GAAGCGGGGUCCGGAGCCCCGCGCCGCAGCGGAAGGAAGGCCCCAGCGUUGGUGACCCGCGCUCCUUCCCGAAAAUCCGGGCGAGGCAGGAAGGUCCGAGGAGAAACAAGCGCAAGCGUCCGAACCUCGCCCGGAGACCGUCAUCGCCGGGUUACAAUGGCGGAAGGAGCGCGCGGGGCUUGCGGGGCUUGCGGGCCGCUGCCGGCGGGGAUGUCGUGCCGGGACGCGCACCGCGCACUGUCACGCUGUGCGAACGGAGGGAAGGCGCCUCCGCGACGCUAGCGAGACGAACGCCCGGACUCGAACAGUGUCCCGGCCCAGGGCUGCGCGCCCGGACGGCGGCUCUCCGAGGACCCCCCAGCGCGGGCCUCAGGGCCGCCGCCCCCGGGAUCCCGGCUCUGCUGUGCGCGUCCUGUCGUCCUUUCCGGUUUUCCCCCGGGGCCCCCGCUUUCGUGCCGCCGCAGGCCCUGCAGUUCCGUAGCUGACCUUGCCCGUGACUGCGGGGAAGUUACCAACACGUCUAGGAGGCCCAAAUCUGUGGUUCCACCCCAUGGCUCGACCCCGUCCGCACCCCCCCUGUUAGCGGCAGCCGUGUUCACCUCACGGUCCGCGCCUCAUCUCGGGGUCGGCAGCUGCUUCAGCUCCCCGCUCGUCCCACCCACGAGGAUCGACGAGGGGUCUCCACGGCUGCGUGUGGCCGGCUAAGGCGGGGACGAGGGCGAAACCGGAGAGGGUCCCCCCCAGGUGGAGCCUACCAGCAGGAGGCCGCGUGUGAACACAUCACACCUGUGACUGAGCGGCGGAGGGUGAGAGCCUGGUCAAGAAAGACCUCGCUGAGGAGGGGAGAGCAGGUCCCGGACAAAGCUCCUGAUGGGAGAGAAACAGGACGAGGGGAAAGCAUGUGCAAAGGUCCAGGGCCUGGCAGGUGCUGGGUGCUGCCGGAACAGCGCAGCCGCUGGUGAGGCCCAGAGACCUGAGUGAGGGCGGAGGAGGGCGGGGUCGGGAAGAGACACGUGGAAGGCCUCCGGAGUCUAUUGUACGUGUGUUAUGUUAGCCUUUGGAGGGAUGAGAGCGAAGAAGACAUGCUCUCCGCUACGGUUCAGAAGGAUUCUCGGGUCGUGCAAUGCAGACGCAGCAUGGAGAGGCAGAAAGAGGAGCCGGGGGACGAGGCCGUGCUGCAGCCCCGAGGACAGAGGCUGAAAGGCGUGAGAUCCAAGACAAACACUGGAGGGAGAGUACAUAGGAUUGCCCCAAAGACUCGGGUGCUAGGCUGUAUUUUGCGGACACACAACCUUCUGCUCUUACUCUUUCUUCUUUUACAGAAUGGCCUCUGACCUUUUCGCUUCUCUUCUAUCGAAACGUAUUCAUUUUACAGGAGGACAAGACUCCGGCUUCCCCAUGAUGUCCCCCGGGGCACUCGUGGGCAAGCACUGCCUGACGACAGGCGUGUUAUCUGCUGUUUGCUGCUUGCCUUUUUAACCUCCUCCUUGGUACCAGGAAGGUUCUUNGUUUUUUUUUUUUUUUUUUUUUUUUUUUUUUGUUAUAUGGGUAGUUGUAUCACUUUGCUAGGACUGCCUUAACAAAAUUGCACAGACAGGAUAACUUACAUUUAUUUUCUCCUGGUUCCAGAGGCAGGAAGUCAGAGAUCAUGGUGACAGCCACUCGGGUUCUUCUGAGGCCGCUCUCCUUGGCUGGCAGCUGCUGUAUCUUAUCCUCAGUGCUCAGGCUUCCCUGGUGUUUCUGUGUGUCCCAGUUUCCUCUUCGUAUGAGGACACUGGCCUCGUUUUAAGUUGAUUACCUCUUUACAGGCCGUCUCUCCAAGUCAUCUUCUGAGAUUCUGGGGGUUGGGAUCUCAACGUAUGGAUUUGGGAGAAACACAGUUCAGCCCCUCACAGUGGUGCUAACUAUAACUUCAUUCAGCGUCGCCCAGGAUCAGGACAGGCGUGAGAUGGAGCUGGAGAGGUGAUUGUCGUCCCCCUGAGAGCCUGGCCUUGCAGCUGGAUGCAGUCGCCGAGGGGGUCUGGGUUUGUCGCUUCGAGGGAGAGAGGAGUGAAGGCUCGGCUGCAUGAGACCACACCUGCAGCUCUCAUCUUUGCCCUGAGCUUCGGCCCCCACACAGCAGCCUGACGCUCCCUUCACGGGGCGAAUCAGGUCAGGUCGGGAUGCUCCUUCACCCCACCCCUCCCCCUCGGAGGGACCCCACCUGAGAAAACCCACCUGGCUCGUUCCCUCCCCUCCCCCCGUUUCUCCCCUUCCUCUUCUUUUUUUUUUUUUAAUUAAGAUGAAAUUCGCUCAGCAUGCAGUCAACCAUUUUUCAGUGAACAAUUCAGUGGCAUUCAGUGCUUUGACAGUGUGGUACACCCACCUCCUGUGUCUACUUCCCAAACAUUUCCAUCACCCCCCAAAAGGAAACCCCGCACCGUUCAGCAGCAGCUCCCCAUUGCCCUCCCCCAGCCCCCGGCAACCACCAACCUCCAGACUCACCUAUUCUGAGUAUUUCACGUGAGUGGAAGGAUGUGUUUGUGGACUUUAGUAUCUGGCUGCUUUCGCUGAGCAUAAUGUCUCCAGUUCCGUCCAUGUUGCAGCAGGCGUCCGAGCUCCUUUUCAUGGCUGAGGAAUAUUCCGUUGGGGGCAUAGAGCACGUCCUGAUUAUCCAUGCUUUGUUGAUUCGUAUCUGGGUUGUUUCCACCUUUUGGCAAGUGUGGGUAACACUGUCAUGACUGCGCGCGUGUGUGUGUAUUUGUUUGAGUCCCUGAUUUCGGUUCUGUGGGGUACAUACCUAGGAGCCAGAUGCCUUACAGUGAGCCACCCCCUGACUCUUCACCCUCCUUUCCGGGCUUCACACCUCUGACGACCACAUAAAGUCACAUGUACUCACGUAGUUACUCGCUGGCUUUAUGACCUCCUCUUCACCAGAGGUAAAAUCCUGCUGACUGGGGGUGGACAGGUUUUUCCGCUGCGGUGUCACCAGGGCUCGGGACACUCCCUGGCUUAGAUCAGUGAUCUAUUAUCCCCAGUUACCUACUGUAUAAUUGUGUCACUAUUGCAAAUCUAUUGUCACAAUAAUGCUGUAAAGUGAACUCAUUCAAAACAGUGGCUUCACACAACAGCCAUUUGCCAGCCUCCCAAUCCUGCAGGUCAGGAAUCGAGACUGGGCUCAGUUGGGUGGUUGUCAUGUGGGAAGCUGGGGGGCGGGGAGCAUGAACCAAGAACACAAAUAACUACAAAAUAAAGUGAAUGGUUUCCCAAAAGAAGAGGGGAGGCCUCCGCUUGUGGGGCCGGAUGUGGUCUGGAGCUGGACACAGGGAGGAGUUUUCACGGGAUGGCAAAGGCCAAGGACACGUGAGCACUGGGCUGUUGGGGGCCAGCAAGCAGCCUGUGUGGCUGGAUUCUAAAGUGGUGGGAAGAGUGAGGGAGAGAGGCUAGGGCUCGAAUGUCCGACAAAAGAAGCCAAGAAACAGCAGGGGAGAGAGAACAGUGAAGACAGGCUGGGCAUGUGGCCUCGCCCAGGAGGCACCCCCCUUUUCCUACCAUGAACACAUGUGUGCAGAGGGUCCUCUUGCAGUGUGUGCCCCCCCCAGCCUCCAGAGGUCCCUGCAAGCCAGAGACUGACGUGUCAUAACCUCCCACAUCACAAAGGAACAGGGGAGGCGUGGAGAGUCAUGUGCCCGUGUUCUCAAAGCAUUGGUAGUGCUGGGGAUGCCUCUGAGCCUUUCUUCCCACCGCCAUGCAAGCCGAGGAGAGAGGACAGGGCAGGGUCAGAGAGCCUUGUGCGCCCCUGUGUGCGGGGCAGCUGUGUGGCUCGGGUCCUUCCAGGCACUAGGGCACAAUGCUGAUUGUGACAGAGUCCUGCCCCCGAGAAGAGACCCUCGGGAGCAAGAAGGAGCCCACGUCCCUCAGAACCAGGAAGGAGUGAUCUGGCCAGUGGACACCAUCUCAUUCUUACAGUGAAUAAAUGGGGGGAUGACCUGGCAUUUAACUGCCGGCCCGUCUCCGGGGCUUGUUUCUGUGAGCCAGUUCUCAGGGGUCUGAUGUCCGGGCCGAGCUGGGGGAGCAGCCACUGGACCUGCCAGGCUGAGGCCCGCACGAGGACCCUGAAGCGGCGGCCACGAGGUGCCAGCGCCAGCCAUGUCACGCCAGCACAGAGCUUCAGGGAAUCCGUAGAGCAAGGCUGAGAACCCGCGCUCCGGUAGGGGGGUCUGGGUCUCAGCAAGCAGAGGCUGUCUUAAGCCCUACAGUGUGAUGCCUCACAUGAUCUGGUCAUGACUGAGGCGUCCUGGUUCCGCUCGCAGCUCACCCGGCCCUGGGCUGCGCAGCUCACGGGACGGCUGAGGGCACAGGCAGCAGCAGCUCCGAGUCCCAGCUAGAGACCAGGACCAGCACACCUGUCCUGGUGCGGAAUGGAGGAGGGGGAAAGGAGCCCCCUGCUGUCCCAGGUAAGCCAGUGCCCUGGUGGCCUCUGCCCCGACUGGAAAUGUCUCCGCCCCCACAGGCCCUGGGGAGGACCUCAGGCUGGGUUCUCAGCCACCCUGGCCCCGGGCUCCACCCUGAGCCUUGCCAGUAGGUGGACACCCACGAGGAGCUAAGAUUAGGGUGGGGCCUUUACUGAUCACCCAGCACCUUCCCCCGGCUCGGGAACGUUUGCUAUCCUUGCCCUUGUGCUUGACGUGGACCGAGUGCAUCCACACUCUGAGAAAACACACACUCAGGGGAUGUGCCCACUGGCCCUUCAGCACCUCCCUCGUGUCCUGCCCAUCCGCCUCCACCUGGGACCCCCACCCCCAGCCUCUCAGCCUUCUUAUGGCCCUUGUUGGCCCUCCCCCACUGCUGCCUGUGGGUCUGGAAGCAAGACAGUGAGCUCUGGCUCGGGAGUGGCUGGAGGCUGACACCCUGACAUCCCGACACCCCUCCCCGCUGGCCGCGCAGCUGCAGGAUAACCUCCUGGCCCACGCCCACGGCCGCUGACGGCCCCAGGACCCCCCAGCCUGGCACCAGCAGCCUGGCCUUUUGCUCCCACUGACUGUUGGGAUCUGGGGGGGGGCUGACAAAUACUCCUUUCCUCUCCUCCAAGUUCACAGUGAAUGAGGUUUCAAUGCAUAGUCGGAUGUGGGGAGUGGAGGACAGCUUCUCCCUGGUGAACUGGUUUGGAAGGGAGACCCUGCCUAGGUGUGGGGCCACAGCUUCCUAAUUCUCCCAGGUUUCGAGGGCAGACUGUCCCUCUCCUCCCUGCAGGGAGAGAACAGAAGUUUCUCCCACACCUGCCUGCAGGUGGGGGGGGGCAGGCAGAUUUGAAAUGGAGAUUGCUUCUUCAAACCUCACGAUCAAUGAGCCACUCCUCUGUGGGAGGACUGAGGGCAGGGGAUGGGUCUGCACUUCUUUACUUUCCGCACUUGGUAUGACCAGUGUCCCAGAGCGUGGCUGAGUGUCCUGCUGGAGGGCAAGACAGGGCUCCUUGGAAGGCCCUGCCUCCCACAGAGCCCUGGUCUCCUGGCUGCACUUCUCCCUGCCCUGGGAGCCUGGCUGGCCCAGCACCGAGUCUGUGCUCAGGGCCUCCACCUCCUGGGCUGGGUGGGGAAGCCCCUCCCUCAACUGCACAUACAGACCAAUCCACGCAGAUGCCUGCCAUGUGCCUGUGCUGCGGGACCCACAUCCUCCAUCACACGCGGGAUCAAGGACAGGCGUGUGUCCAUGGAACGUCUGCUGCCCAGGACUGCCCUGCUUAGUCUCUACCAUGAACUGGCAGGGGGUAGCCAACCCUCCGCUCUGCAGGAGCUAGGCCCUUCCCGUCCCCCCUGCUGCCUGGCCGGCCGACAAGCCUGGAGGCUGCCGCGUCCCUCCCCAGCUCUCUCAGGGCACCGGGUGCUGGGAGGAGCCCCUGCCAGGGAGCAGCCGCUCAGGUCUGGCACCCCAAGAGGACCAGGUCCGGAGGGCAGGCCCUGGGGGAGACCCAGCCUCCUCUCUCCCCUGGGAAAGCAGCUGCCUGAAGUCCAGCUGGGGCUGCAGUGCUGUGGGGUGUCUUCCUACCGGGACUGGACAUGGAACCUGGACUUGAACUGCAGCUCCCCUGAGGCCCAGGCCUGCAGCCUUCCUGCCUCCUGCUGCCUCAGCCCCGGGGAAGACGGAGGGGCUGCCAACGACCCCUGCGGCUUCAGAGCUCCAGGCCUGGAUGAGGGUGCCGCUCCGAGGCGGGUGCAUCUGGUGGGCUGUGGCCCUCCACUCCGAUGGUGGCUGCGUGCCAAGGUCCGCGGGGCAGGUGCCUACGCAAUCGCGGUCGUGGCCGUCCAGGGGGUGGAGCUCCUGUUGGCCGCCCGGCUGGUGCAGGCCCUGGCUGUCCGCCAGGGGAUGGUGGAGAGCCCCAGAACUGCGGGGUCACAAAGGUCCUCUGCCCAACUGGCCCAGGCCUGAUAGCCCCAGACGACACCUGGGCAGGCGUCAGAGUAACCGGGUCGCGUCUCGGACACCUGGGCCGCCUCUGCCUGCUGUGCCUCCCACUCCCCAGGGGCCCCUUUCCCUGAGGCCAGGGAAUGCCCGCCUCCUUCCCCGUGAACGAGUCCCGGUACCACCACCAGACUGCACUCUCUUUUGGAGACUUUUGUACUCAACCACGGAGCCAGGCACUGCCCGCUCCCUGCAAACACCCUGUGGCCUGUGUGAGCCGCCCCUGCGGGGCGCUGCCGGCCAGCAUCCGCCUCCUACUGGGGAGGCCAGGCAAAGCUACCUGGCCGGUGGGGGGAGUACCAGCUCCGAGGACUGGAUGAAAUCCUGCUGUCAAGACCCCAACUCCCACCCGGACCAUCACCUCCCAGCUCCACCUCCAGCCACCUCUGAGGCCUGCCUCCGACCUCCAUUCAGACCCCACCUCUGAGGCCCACCCUGUGGCCCCACUCCCUUACCACCACCUGGCCCUUUCCCGUCCACUGUGGUGGCCAAGGGUGAGGCCCAGGCGGAAAUAAAUUGUAGUGAGCUGUAUCAUUCGGACAGUAAGUGGCACCAGUCUUAAGUGGGCAGCGUGAGGAACUCUUCCCCCUGUAAACCCACGUGGACCCACGGCCAGGCCAGGAGCCAGCCACAGCAGGCUGCUUCGCGUCCUCCCUCUGGGCACCCCGACCGGC